AUGACGAAAAACAGUCACUUACACGGUGAGGACCUUCAAGGACUUACUCUAGAGGAACUUCAACGCUUGGAGACCUUGCUCGAACGAGGGCUCCAUCGUGUGCGUCGAACAAAGUCACAGAAAAGGGCGGACACUGGCAGCAAUCGUAGUUUCAGCCAGUCGUCUUCAGUGAACCAGAAUCAGGGUAACAGUUCAGGUCAGGGUUCGUAUGCGGGAAAACUACCAAAGUGCAGUAAGUGCAACUAUCAUCAUCGGGGGCAGUGUACUCGGAUAUGUCACAGGUGCAACAAAGCAGGGCACCAGGCCAGGGAUUGUAGGGCUUCAUUCCCGAACCCGCAGCAGCCGUCACAGCAGCAGGGGAGACAGCAGCUUCAGCAGAACCAGGGUAUUCGUAAGGGUUGUUUUCAAUGUGGUGCUGAGGGCCACAUCAAGCGAGACUGUCCUCAAUUGAAUCAGAAUGCUGGUGGUAAUAACAAUGGGAAUAACAACAACGCUGGGAACAACAAUGGGAACAAUGGGGGAAACGGUGCGCGUGGGCGCGUGUUUACUAUUGGAGCUGGGGAGGCUCGGAAUGAUGGCAAUGUAGUGACCGGUACGUUUUCAGUAAAUGGUAUAUUUGCUUCUAUUUUAUUUGACUCUGGUGCCGAUUAG